AUGGCCACACUUUCCAAAGAAGUCGAGCAGCUACUUACUAAUGCUGGAUUUGUGCAUUUGGGCACGUGCCACAACAACCAGCCCAACGUGACCCUCAUGAACUACACGUAUAUUGCCGACGAGCAGGCCAUUGUUUUGACCACUCGAAAGUCCUCCACCACAUAUGUCAAUCUAUCGCAAAACCCAUUAGUGUCUGUGCUUGUGCACGACUGGGUCACGGCCCGAUCUCGUGUGGUGGGGGGCCAGGAGCCGUCGCUGCUGGAGCUGCUUCAGAACAUCAACCAGAACGAGAUCAGCUCCAUGAGUGUGACUCUCAAUGGCUCCGCACGAGUGGUGGAGGACCUGGCCGAGGCCCAAAAGUACCUUGCUAAACACGAGAAGGCCAACCCCGACGCCAAGCAGUUCAUUGAGAACCAGGAGAUUGCCCUUCUGCUCGUCACCUUCAAGGAGGUCAAGGUUACCGAAGUUGAUGUUUAG